AUGUCCGUGGCGGAAACGUUUAUAGAGGAAGACGGUUUCGGCUUCAUUCCUAGGCCAGCCCGCAAUAAACACAACCAACCGUACGAAAUCGUUCGAAGGUACACAAUGACGAACAAGCACAAAGCGUCGGUGCAAUUGAUAUCUUGGGGCGCUACUAUCCAAGCGAUCAAGAUACCAAAUCAAUCGGGCAUUUUGGGCGACGUUGUUCUAGGAUUCGACGACGUGGAGGGAUAUUUGAAGAACAGGUACAUAGGGAGCACGAUCGGCCGAGUCGCGAAUAAAAUUUCUAUGGGCAAAAUGAAGAUUAACAACAAGGAUUACUCUUUGACUAUCAACGACAAAAACAGCACGAGCCAUUAUAACGGUGGUUUCGUCGCGUUCGAUAACGUUAAUUGGAAUUCUUACAUAUUCAAGAAGCACGUGGUGAUGACCCAUGCGAGUUCAAGAAACAGCGAGGGAUAUCCGGGUGAUCUGCUUACGCAGAUUAAAUAUUCCUGGACGGAUGAUAAUCAGUUAAUCAUAAAUAUCCGCGCUUGCGCUACCGAACCGACACCUGUUAACAUUACUAAUAAUUGUUUGAUGAAUCUUGCUGGACAUGCUACCGGCCCGAAGGAAUUGAGAAAACACGUAAUCUCGUUGAACGCUGCUAGCUGGACCUUCACGGAUAUUAUAAAUGAAUUGCCGACAGGUGCUAUAUAUCCGGUUGAUCGUACGGUAUUCGACCUACGGUUACCGACUCAGUUAACCAAGAGAAAACUUUAUAUCAUACCGGGGGGUGGUUACAACCAGAACCUUUGCAUAACCACCUUCAACAGUUGGUUUUAUCGUUUCCACGCUAGAAUUAUUCAUCCCGGGUCUGGAAGAACUUUAGAGUUAUAUUCGAAUCAGCCGGGGUUACAGUUCUCCACCGGAAACGAUUUGCCGGACCUCGAUCGCAAAUUUUGGGGCAAGGAUGGUGUACGGUAUCAAAGGCACGGUGGAUUCAUUUUGUCGCCCCAAAAUUAUCCCAACUCGAUCAAUAUUAAGAAUUUUCCAUCUUGCGUACUUUAUCCUGGUCAAAUUUACACACACGACAUAACGUACAAAUUUGGUCUAUUAACAAAAAUUUAAAUAAAUUUCAAUAGAAGAGCCGGAUAGACAGGAUUAGUUAUUAAUUGAUAAAAGAGUGCAGAUUUAUAAUACAUAUAUUUGUGAACCAUGUCGGGUGAAGUAAUCUUCGUAAUCCACACCGAUUGUACAAAAUUAUCCGUCAUAGUCUCUAUUCACAUAUAUGCCGUAAGAACGAUCGCAAUGCGAUAGUCGCUUAAUUAAGGGCUAUUAAUUAAAUUGUACAAUGUUUUUUCGGAUCGAUUAACGUUAAUUUUCUUAUAUAAUUCUCUUUUCAUUAUCAUCCUGAAAGGCACUUCGUGGAACGAGGUGGAUACGGGAGAAGAUAUGGAUAUUUAUGGAGAUUUGAAAGAAACAUCAAAUUUUUAUUCGAUGAUAUUCCUCGUUUAAGUCUCGAUAAACAUACGAUCCAUAAUAUCUCCACGCGCCUAUUAUAUAUUUAUAUAUAUAUUUAUAUAUAUAUAAAUCUAUGUAUACAUUCCAUUCACUUAGGUUUAAAAUAGAAAAAUUUGUCUCGUUUCUUUUGUACAUUCCUAAAAGUGUUAUUUCUACGUGUAAUAACAUAUUAUUGCGGGCAGUUAAAAAAAAAAAAUUAAGGCAGAGAUUCUGAAGAUAGUAGAUUUCGUAUUUCCAUGUGUCUUGUCUUUUUUUAUUUUUUUUAUAUUUAUUUA